UCUCAUAUUCGACUCCCGCAGAGAUGGUCGGCUGCUUCUCGGCGCUCAACAACCCCCUGAAGCGGCUGCCCCAGAGCCCCGAGAGCGUGGACACCAAGUUCUGGCUGAUGACGCGCUCCAACCAGACGCACACGCCGCAGCGGCUGCGUUACGGUGACGGCCUGCGCUCGCUCAUUUCGUCCGACUUCGACCCCAACAAGACCACGCGGGUGCUCAUCCACGGCUUCAAGGGCUCGGCGCACGACGACGGCGCGCUGGCGGGCGCCACGGCCUUCCUCAACAUGGAGGACAUCAACAUGGUCAUGGUGGACUGGGAGAAGGGCGCCUCUUCGCCCUACACCACGGCAGCCGCCAACACGGAGCUCAUCGGCAGGCAGGUGGGCCUGCUGCUGCUCGACAUGCUGUCGGUGGGCGCGCCGCCCGACUCCAUCCACGUGGUGGGCUUCUCGCUGGGCGCGCACGUGGCGGGCUGCGCCGGCCAGGUGGUCAAGAACAGGGGCCGCAUGAUCGGCCGCAUCUCGGGCCUGGACCCCGCGUCCCCGCUGUUCCGGCGCCAGCUGCUCCGCGAGGCCGCGCAGAAGCUGGACGCCGGCGACGCGCGCUUCGUCGACGUGAUCCACACGGACGGCGGCGCCCUCUGGACGGACGGCUUCGGCCUGCCCGGGGCGCUGGGCCACGUCGACUACUUCCCCAACGGCGGUCGGCAGCAGCCCGGCUGCAGUGACCCCAGGGCCUCCGUGGUCGUCAGCCACUUCGAGGGGGUGGUGAACUCGACCACUGUCUGCAGCCAUGCCCGCGCCUGGUCGCUGUUCCUGGAAACCAUCGCGGUGCCCAAGCCCGGUCACUGUCAGUUCCAGGGCUACCCCUGCCCGCAGGGCAUCACCGCCUUCCAGCAGGGGCACUGCUUCCCCACACUCAAGUCCUGCACGCCAUCGGACCCAGACGCGCCGCUGCCAUCCUCGUGCGGUGUGAUGGGGUUGCGCGCCCAAGAGACACCGGCCAGGGGCCCGUUGUACCUGGUCACCAGGGACGCGUACCCUUUCUGUGGUGACCAGAUCCUGGCCGCGGUGCAAAUCUCCAAGCAGACCGGGCCCACCCGGGGGAUCCUCCAGCUGCAACUCCUACACGGCUCCAGCACCACCAGCUUCCAGAUGCAGUGCGAGUUACUGGACGCUCAGGGCGGCGAGGUGAAGGCGCUUGCGGCCGCUCAGUGGGGGACCCUCGGCCCUGAGAUCACACCCCUCCUCGCGGCGCGCAUCUCCUACCAGUCCCUCGCCUUUCAGACGGAGCCACCGCCCACCUCCGCGGACCCUGGGCCAGCUGCCAAAACCUCCCCGGCGCCCACCCUGUACAUCGACAGGGUGACGAUUCGCAAUCUGCGAGGCGACAGUUGGCAGUACUGUGGCAUAGGCACGCCCCUCAUCCACGCUGGGGGCACCAUGUUCGACCAAGUGACAGUAGAUCUCGGGCUUAAGCCGUGCUGAUCUUGAGCUCAUCGGCCAAUUUUUCGCACCAAAUUGAGACUGCAGCUGCCCAAAGGUCACGACGUUUUGGCCGUGUUGUUUUGGACGGGCCUUAACGUGCUGAUUGUGAUAAAUCGCCGUGACUUUUUUGUGUGUCGUCGGAUUGUGCAGUCUAUUUGACGGCUGCUCAUGAUUAAAUCAUAAAAAUAUAUUGUAUCUGCAGAACAGAUACUUUCAAUAAAAGACAAGUUUUCAGAGAAGAAAGCAGAAGGAAAACGGAAGAUAGUUUUGUUGUGAUCAAAGGAUUUUAGAUCUCCGUGAAGUUACCAAAAUAUGUUGUCUCUCAGUAGGGCAGUUACUGACGAAACGAAAAUCUUUUGAUAUGAUUAUUGUUAAUGAUGUUGUUUUGUUAUUGUUGAAAUAUAAAUGUUACGAUUUUUUUUA